AGUCGACUCUGAGCUGAGCUGCUGCAGUUUUUACAGGAAUAAUUUGGAUCCAUCACAUAGCAGGGACACCUUAGGCUACAUCUUUGGACUGCAGGACUACAAAUUCCUCAGCUGGCAGACUGCACCAGGAGUCAGCUGACGAGUGAAAAAAAAAACAAAGAAGCGAGGAAACAGUGUUGGAGAGAUGAGGAGGAAGUAGAAGAGGAGGGUCCAUGAGGCUCUUGAAGCAGCAGGAAAGCAGAGAGGGGGCUGGGCUUCUCUGAUAAUGCUUCUUGCCAAUAAGGACUUUCGCAAUGCUUACUUUGACGCUUACUUUGACCUGUGGACUUUAGACAGCUUUAGCUCGAGUUGCCUGCAAGAGAGGGACACAAAGCGCAUGGUGACAGUGCAGUGAGGCAGUCGUCAGUUCACCAGCACAGGAGCUGACAUGCAGAGUGUACCGGAGGAGUGGAGGGAAGGACGGGAUGAGAGAGAGGGAGGAGGAGCAGGAGGAGGUGGAGAGGGGAUGCAUGCAAAGAAUGGGGAGAUGUUAGUCAAAAGGAGAGUGGAUUCAGAAGAGAUGAAUGGAGGCUGGAAGAAGAAGAACGGGGUUGAAGAGGUGGAGGUCUCAGAGAAAGAGUCGCUGAUGAUGGAGCUGACCAGGAUGGUGCAGAAGAUGGUGAAAGAGAGCAGCUGGUGGGAGAGGAGGGGGAUUGACUGCAGCAUCCUGGCAGCAGCCUUCUUCUGUUUGCCACCCGCCUUCCUGCUGUUGGCUUCCUCUCAGCUCCUGUGGUUUUUGGCGGGCAUGCUGCUGAUGGGCGUGGCUCACGCUGUCCUCACUAUCAAGGGAACACAUCUGGCCAGCCACGGGGCGCUGAGCGAGUCGCAGGCCUGGGCGAAGCUCUGGGCCGUCUUCUUCAUCGAGAUUUGUGGCUCGUUCUCAGCGCGAGCCGGUGUGCAAGGCCACAUUAAGAUGCAUCAUGCUCAUACUAAUGUCAUUGGACUGGGUGACUCCAGCGUAUGGAAGGUCCCCUUCCUGCCUCGCUCUGUCUACCUGUUCAUAGCUCCCCUGGCUGUGCCUAUCAUCACACCACUUGUUGCAUUAGCUCAUCUCAAAGGACACUCUCUGGCUCAUGUCGUUCGGACCGUUCUGAUGAUCACGCUGGGCCUGUACUCGCAGUACUGGCUGCUGAUCAACGUCUCCGGGUUCAACUCGCCUCUCGGUGCUUUGCUUUGCAUGCUCAUCUGCAGAAACAUGUUCUCUGUGCCGUACAUCCACGUCAACAUAUUCCAGCACAUUGGCCUCCCCAUGUUCUCCCCGACCGGCCGACCAAAGAGGAUCUACCAGAUGACCCACGGAGUCCUGAACCUGCCGCGUAACCCUGUGCUGGACUGGGUCUUUGGACACUCGCUUAUCAACUGCCACGUUGAGCACCAUCUAUUCCCCUUCCUGUCUGAUUACAUGUGUCUAAAGGUGAAGCCCGUUGUGUCCAAAUAUCUGACCGAAAGGAAGCUUCCAUAUCAGGAGGACAGCUACUUCUCCCGCCUGAGCGUUUUCUUCCACAAAUACCAGGAGCUGAUGGUGUUUGCACCAGCGAUCACAGAGCUGGUGGGAGUGCAGUGAUGAUGCAGCAAAAGAGAAAAAACUAUUUCCCCACUAAUGCUGCUUUUAAGACUGCUGCUGCUCUAAAAGCACAAGCUCCAGUGUUUUAAGUGCAUUUCUGCUGACGUGUUACAACCUCCGCAGUCCCGGUUUGAACAGCCUCAUACAGAUAGAAUAGUAGUAGAGAUAAAUAAAUCAUUAAUAUAUUGACAAUUAAAUAAUAAUGUAACUUGAUAUUAGAAGCUAAGUAACAUGACAUCCUAAUAUUUUAUUUUUCUAUACUUUCAUAGGUCUUUUAAUAAGUAGCACAAAGGUAAGCGCUCAACCAAAACUGACUUGAUUGUAUUUAAAGUCACAUUAAGAGAUUAAUCACAGCUCUUGAACUGACCUUAGGUCAGUCUUAAAAGCACAUUUUAACUUUAGUCAGGUUCUUUUUCAGAUAUCACUAAACCUAAGAGUGCCGGCUCUUGAUUACCGGUCUCACAUCCAGGUACCAACCGGCUUUGUUAACUCUGGGACAACCAAUUAUUGUACAUUCCCGCUGUGAGAUGAUGAAAUGAAUGACUCAGUAAGGUAAAAGCUGCUAUAAACAAGCACAACAUUAGAAUAUGCAGUAAGUACACAUGACAUUAGCUGUUUUCACUGCAACUUUAUUGUAAACAAUUUAACAUGCUACUGUGGGCCGUAACCAGCGGCCAAAAUAAUAGACCUGCCAGAAGUUUUGCACUAGCCGCAAUCCUAACCCUUGCUUUGCCUCCCACAUACUAACUCAUGGAGGAAGGAGUAAGAACAAGACCCUCCCCACCCCCCAUCCAAUUAUACGUGUCCUAUCUCUCACCGAUCACUGUUAGAGGUAGUUGUAAUGGCUGACAGGCUUUGUAGUGUCUAAGCUGGCAACAUGUUCACUGACACUCUGGAAAUGUCAGUACUUCAACUCAACUCCUUCUGUCAGCACUGACAUGAACACAGUCUGUACAAUAUUAUAAAUGUAUGAAUGUAUAUACUGAACAUUUAAUAGGUUUAAAUACAGGCUUCAUAUUUUUUAAAUGUUUUUUUUAACACUUAUAGUGAUGCUGCAGAUAGAUUAGUUUCACAUUUACAAGCAGAUACAAGGAGAUGUUCCACAAUAUCAUGAUAGCUCAUGUAUGGACAUUUCCAGUAUUUAGAUAUAAAACCAGUAAAAUGACUGCUUUGUGGUGAAUUUUUAUGCACUCAUCCUCCUUUUGCAUUUCCAAAACUUUUUUAUUACACGCUACACAUAUAGACAUGGAGUGCAGUGAUUAAUGGCAGCUAGUCACAGUGAUAAUACAGAUUACACAAGGUUACCUCCUCUCACAGAUGGUGAGAAAAUGACGGACCGAGCAGGAGAAACACUGCUGAGCAGCAGCAAAUCCAAAAGCUAGAAACUUUUUGGCUCAUGCUCCUCGUUUGAUUAAAUAGGCGACAGUCUUGAUUUCUGGAAUACAGUUCCAUGGUUAAUACAGGACAAGUGUUAUUAGGGCUGGGUAUCAUUAAAAAUAUUAUACUAGUACCAAUCCAAGUACCCUUAAAGUGACACCGAUACCAACUGAGUACUUCAUUCAACAUCCAUCAUGUGAAUAGAACCACAUCUAAAUGAUUAGAUUUUUUACACAAAUGCAUUUUGAAAGUCUUCAAAUUAUGAAUAUUCAUUAAUCGAAGAACACUUGCGUUGAUUGGCUGUGAGCAAGUCCGUACAAAUAGUCAUAUUGUCUCUGGGUGCAAAAAGGAUCGAUUGUAUCGUUUGACGGGAGACGUUUCAGUACUACUUGGUAUCGAUUUAUUUUCGUCAAUACCUUGAAUCUAUCGAGUACCGAUACUCAGCCAAGUGUUACUGAUCAUCCACAAAGGAUCAUAAAAGAGACUUUUCACACCUGUUUGUCAAAAUGUAACAAUGUGAUGUAUUUGCCACCUGUACGCACCAAAUUACCAAGCACUGAUCACAGAGUCUGACCAAUGUUAGCAAGACCAUCCAUAAACAUGUUGUAACAAUGAGCUGUCUUACCUGUAAACUCACUACUUUGUUUUUAUAUGAUUGUCUGUUGAUUGAUGAAAUCAUCUGUUUGUCUUUCAUUUUCUUUAUAUUUUCAUUUUCUUUUUAUUAUAAUUCAUAUUGUAUUUAACAGUUUUGUUCAUUUCUUAUCAGAUUAUUUUAAUUACAAGUUUCCGACUUGUAAAUGGCGUUCACAUUAACCUCAACGUCUUGAUUACGUUUGGGAAUGUGAUUUCUCUGAAAGCUCUGACAUAGCCGACUGCUGUGUAAAAAAUAAAAUACAAAAUGUAAAUGUAAUCUAAAAUCAGCUGACAAUUAACCACUUUAUAUAAAUAUAAAUCAUAUGCUAACAACUAAUUAUGCACUCUGAGCUUGAUUAUUUGUGCAGCUUAUGGCACAAAAACAGUUCUUCAUGCUUCUCUCUGAAGCUUUCGCUCAUCCUGAACUUGAUUUGUAAGUCCCCCCACUUCCUCUCCUCUCCUCUCCACCAAUGCAAAACCAACGAUCCAGGGUUACCCCAGAGUUAGCCGACUAACCCGAUGAAUUCUACUUUGUGCGACCGGCCCUUGUUAUGGUGUUGUUUAUGUUGUUUAUGUUGUUUUCUAUAUAACCUCAGCUCAAAGGCACAUUGAUCAAUGCACUACAGUUUAAGUACAUGAGGAGGCAGAUUUCAGUGGAUCUGUGGAUUUUUUUUCUAUUACAUUUUUUCAAGAAUUAAGCAAUGUUUUAUUGCCUUUACUGUCUGAUUGUCUUCUAUUCCUGUAUUCAAACAUAUAUGCUGCCUAUGUUAAGUUGCUCUUAAAGUGACAUUAAUAUAUAAUAAAUUAUACACACAUAGCCUACAAUAAAACUAUCCAUAAUUUAUUUGAGACCUGGUUCCACGUUUAACUGCUACAGUAUAAUUUAAAUGUUGGGGUUAAAUUAAAAAACAUAUUGAUUUACUUACAAACAAGCUGUUUAUCAACUUUAUUUUUUGACUUUAACCUGUGUCCAUUACUUCUUUCGGCCACUUGGGGGAAGCAGAACACGCUGUAAAUACUGUAAAAUGGACAGAAUGACAUCACACAUGAAUAUAAAGAUUUUU